AGUGCAGGAGGCAGCUGGCUCUUUAACAUACGUCUGAAAGGCUGGUCUAUGCAUCUUUCGCUCGCUAUUUCAAUGGAAUUUGUUGGACCAAUUAAGUAAUUCGCGCAAGUAUGAGAGUGCAUAUCCUACUUGCAUUUACAAUACUGGCAUUCUUAUGCGUGUGUUGUGGAUUUUCAUCCCUUUCUCCAAAUAAAUGGUACACUCCUUAGAUUGUGAGACCCAACUAAAUCAGUUUUAGAGCAUCUCUCUUCUCUGUUCAUAGCAGAAAUUUGGGUCUCCUUAGAAAAAAUGGGAUAUCUGUGCUAGCUAGCCACAGAGACCAGGUUGCAACGCCGACGUUCUUUUCUGUAUAAGCCUUGCAGGAAGAUUGUUUGUCUAGUACAAAAAGAAUAUAGCGUUCAAGUACGCUUGCAGUAAUUGUUCGUGCAAUAAGAAUGGAUGGAGUAAACAGCAACAGGACUAUGUCUUACAGCAGAUGGAGUUAUGACAGCGUUCUUGACGAUGAGGGCAGUAAUCUUCGACAGCAGAAGCUUGACAGACAGCGUGCGCUGCUAGAGCAAAAGCAGAAGAAGAAGCGGCAGGAGCCCCUGAUGGUCCAGUCCAACGUGGAUAGCCGCUCACGAACACGCAGAAUGAAGCAGUCCGAGGAGCAAGCCCCUCUCGUCGAAUCUUAUCUCAGCAGCAACAGCAGCACCAUCUAUCACGUACAGGAGGCCGAACAGGAGGAUGUAAAAGUGGUAACUGAUGCGCAGGCCUCAAAGUCAACUAAAAAAGCAAAGGCCGCCACGACCUCCCAAACUAGCAGUGCCAAAAAGGAUAAAAAGGGUAAACACAAAGGACUCGAUGGCCCAGCUACCUUUCGGGAUGAAGUCCAGGGCUUGGGAAGUCCGAUCCAGAUUCUCACAGUGGGACAAUCCAGCACAGAGGAUGGGGAUGGAGGCAUGGUGGCCAGUGGCCAACAGCAGGGCAAGCAUGACCUUCGAGUCACAAUGCAGAAAAAGGGGAUUUCCAGCAGUAUGAACUUUGAAGAGGAAGAAGAAGAAGAAGAGGAGGAGGAUGAAGUUAGCUCCAGCUCCUCCCAGCUAAACAGCAACACCAGGCCAGGAUCCGCAGCCAGCAAAAAGUCAAACAAGGAAGCGGCCUCUGCGUCGACGCCUCCUGCGAAUGAGCCAGGGGUGGAGGUGGAAGUGGAUGACCUGGAAGAGUUUGCUGUGAGGCCGGCUACCCAGGGAGUUACCAUCAAGUGCAGAAUCACCAGAGACAAGAAGGGGAUGGACCGUGGGAUGUACCCUACGUACUACCUCCAUCUAGAAAGGGAGGAUGGGAAGAAGGUGUUUCUAUUGGCUGGAAGGAAAAGGAAGAAGAGCAAAACCUCUAAUUACCUCAUCUCCAUAGACCCCACUGAUCUGUCUCGUGGUGGAGAGAGCUUCAUCGGCAAGCUGAGAUCAAACUUAAUGGGGACCAAGUUUACUGUGUAUGACAAUGGGGUGAAUCCCCAGAAGACCACCUCUAGCUUGGAGACAAGCAAGCUGCGUCAGGAAUUAGCAGCUAUCUGCUAUGAAACAAAUGUCUUAGGUUUCAAAGGGCCCCGUAAAAUGAGUGUCAUUAUACCUGGAAUGAAUACGGACCAUGAAAGAGUUUCAAUCAGACCACGGAAUGAGCAUGAGUCACUGCUGGCAAGAUGGCAGAACAAAAGCACAGAGAGCAUCAUUGAGCUGCACAAUAAAACCCCGGUCUGGAAUGACGACACCCAGUCCUACGUCCUGAACUUCCACGGCAGAGUCACGCAGGCGUCAGUCAAGAAUUUCCAGAUCAUCCACGACAAUGAUCCUGAUUACAUAGUGAUGCAGUUUGGUCGGGUGGCUGAAGAUAUUUUCACAAUGGACUACAAUUACCCCAUGUGUGCGAUUCAGGCCUUUGCUAUCGCCCUCUCUAGCUUUGAUAGCAAACUGGCCUGCGAGUAAAGAGCAAGAACAUCCCACCCCACCCCACCCCCAUUCCCUCAGAACAAACCAUGCUUUACAUGGAGGCAGCCCACAUUUCACACACUGCCUGAAAUUCAUUACCCUCCCUGUGAAACACUACAGCUUCAGAGAGUCAGAGGAACGGGAGUGUAGAAAUGUCUUGAAAACAGGGAUCUGAUGUCAAAAUGACAAAACUUGGUUCAGACGGACAUCCAGUACAGUAUCAAAGAAACCAGUGGAUGGACAAGGUAAAGCACAAACAGCAAUUCACUGAUUCUGCAGAAUUAUUAUCUUCAUGCUGGAUCAUUACUGUGCUUCUAUCACAAACAUCUUGUUGAUUUGUUGCCUAAAGAAGACCAGUAGAUUACGAACCUCUGAUUGUUUUCCAGUAGAGCGCUAAUAUGUUUUUUUUAUUUAUUAGAAAUUCACCCACUGAGAAUCAAGCAACUCAUUGUCAGUGACAGCAGCCGAACAGAAAAACAAUCAACCAGAUGGCAUGUAUGUAAGAGCUGAUACAUAAUACAUACUGUAGUUAAUACAGUAUGUUGACUGCUGUGAAUAUAGGAUACUAUUUUGCAGAUUUAGCAGUAUACAUGUAGUAUAGGACUUUCACAAUUCAUAAGAAAACCAGUGAUGACAUUUUCUGUUUCAGUGAUUUCUCAAAGGCAUAGGCAGCAUUUGCUCACAAUUUAUUUUUGAAAAAUGGUUAGAACCUGUCAGUAUAUUUGGCAGUUGUGUUUUUUUUAUUUUUAUUUCAGUGCAGGAAACGACACGUAGAGCAAGAUGAGAUUUACUGUAGAACUGGAUCAAGAAAAACAAA